AUGGCUCACCCAAAACCCACGGCAUCACCACCCCAACCCCCGUUGCCCUCGUCGGACCAACAUGACGAAACACCACAAGUAUACCGCUCCAUCUCACACAUAUGCGGCCAUGACUUCCAAUCCGCGCCCCUUACAUCCCCGGAUCACGAAGACGAAGACACCUCCGACAUCUACAACCGCCUCUCACCACGACGAAAGACCGUCAUCGUGGCCGUCCUCUCGUUCUGCGCCUUCCUCUCCCCCAUGUCGAGCACCUCCAUCCUCGCCGCCACGCCCGAGGUAGCGGGUACGUACAACACCACCGGGUCCGUCAUUAACGCCUCCAACGCGGGGUACAUGGUCUUCAUGGGCCUGUCGCCGGUGGUAUGGGGUCCCAUGAGCCAGGUAUUCGGGCGGUGGCCCGUGACGAUGCUGACGGCCGUGCUGUUCUUCCUGCUGAGUCUUGCGACGGCCCUGGCGCCCAAUCUGCCUGCUUUUUUUGUGUUUCGCGCUUUUUCCGCCUUUGAGGGAACGGCGUUUAUUCUCCUGGGGAGCGCGUGUCUGGGAGAUAUAUAUCGUCCGACUGAGAGGGGCACCGCAAUAGGGUGGUUCAUGUCCGGUACGCUUAUUGGACCUGCGUUUGGUCCGUUUAUAGGCGGCAUCAUCGUCACGUAUUCGUCGUGGAGGUCGAUUUUCUGGCUGCAGACUGCUCUUGCGGGCACGGGCGUCCUGGGCGUGUUUUUCCUGGUCCCCGAGACGGCGCACCACAAGAAAAUUACCGACCUGGAGGGCCUGUCGAGAAAGGAGAGACUCCGGGCGAUACUGCGCAUGAUUAACCCGGUCCGGGUGCUCAAGCUGUUUCGGUACUGGAACCAGGUCCUCGUGGCGUGUGCCAGCUCUGCGUUGGUCUGGAACAUGUACAGCCUGCUCACGCCGAUUCGAUACGUCCUCAACCCGAGGUUUCAUCUGGAGUCGCCGCUGCUGGGGGGGCUGUUCUACCUCGCUCCCGGGACGGGGUACUUGCUCGGCACGUUCAUGGGCGGGAGGUGGGCAGACCGGACGGUCAGGGUGUGGAUUAGGAAGAGAAACGGCGUUCGUGUCCCGGAAGAUCGGUUGCGCUCGGCGGUUCCGUUCAUGGGCAUCGUCAUGCCGGCGUGCGUGCUGAUAUACGGCUGGACGGUGGACAGGGCCGUGGGCGGGAUCCCCGUGCCGGUGAUUGCGCUGUUUGUCCAGGGUGUUGCGCAGCUGUUUAGCUUUCCGAGCUUGAAUACGUAUUGUCUGGAUGUUAUGCCCGGGCAGGGCGCUGAGGUCGUGGCAGCGAAUUACUUUGUGAGAUAUCUCGCGGGCUGUAUGGGGACCGGCGUGGUGCUUCCUGCGAUCCAGGGCGUGGGCGUGGGAUGGUUCUCUACUAUUUCGGCGUUGUUUCUGGGAGCCUCUACGAUUGGUGUCAUGGCUGCGAUUCGCUGGGGGGAGUCGUGGAGAAAGGCGACGGAUGCAAGGUUGGAGGAGAGGAGGUUGAGGGACGAGGGCUCACGGGAGCAAAAACAUAAGGAGUCAAAGUCAACGCCUGGGAGGGGUCCGAGUGAAGCGGCGGUGGUUGAGGAUGAUGUUGAAAAGGGUGAAAAGAGUAAUGGAACUGCAAAACAUGGCGUCUUACAAGAUAGACAACCAGCAUAG